UACAGACACACUCAUCAUGGUGAUUCUGGUGACAACCAUCAGCAUGAUGGCGAUCUUGGCCUUCUCUGUGUGUGUCAUUCCACAAUGUGUGAGAGUGAAAAACUUCUUUUGGCCACCUAUUCCAAAACCACGCAUCAUCGGCAUUGACCCGCUGCUUUUGAAGAAGGGGAACUUGGAUGAAAUCAACCGCCACCUGACUAAUUUCCAUGGCUUCGUAGCUCCCAGCUUCCUGGAUACCGAGGUAUGGGAGCAGGUGAGCCCUGACAACAUCUAUCUCGCCACGGCCAAAGACUGCCCCAAUCCCACCAAGUCACCCAGCCAGGUGACGGAUGCCUUCACCAUCCCACACGACUUGGCACCCACCACAACUCUUCAUCAACUCGUGAGCGAGCCUCCAACAGCAUUCAUGCCAAGCGCAUACUGCAUGUCUCCUCCUCAAGCCUUCUCGCCAACCCUGUGGCCAGAGAGCAAUUACAGCAUGACGGGACAGCCAAAUGCACCGCCACCUGCCCUCUCUACUACCUGCCCCCCGCAGAACCUCUACAGCUGUGUGCAGCUCAUGAACGACAUAGAUGGGCUGCAAUUGGUGCCGUGCCUACCACCGGUCUAUAGCGAGCUCCCGCCACUGCCCGAGUCUAAAUUACAUGCCAGCGUAAAGGAGGAAGAUGAGGAGAAGCUGGCAGACGGCCAGGCCAAAAAGAAAGAUGCUGCUUUAGCUAAUGAGAGCUGAGCGGAUCACAAGAUGCGCAGAACCACAAACACAAUUGGAUUUGGUGGUUUAAAGGAACAAGUUAACUUCUUUCAUCUCUUCUGCCAUCAAGAGGUCCACAACAGUGGAGACAAGAAGACAUUUGUUGUUGUUUUUGUGAAUCAUGCACCACUUGAUUCUCAGAAAAAAAAAAUCGGAAUCAAAUUCGGAAAUAGAGUUUUGCGAGUCCCUGAAGCAGGAAGCCUGUUCCAACAUGACCUCAAUUGGCAUCUGGAUCUUAAUUGGAAUCGGAAGGCUUCCAAAAGUCGGAAACUGAUGACAGAAGUGAAACACCUCCCUCUCCCGUCCACAAAGGUGCAAAAGAGGGACCCUGCCCAGCUAGUAGAUAACGUAAUGAUAGUUAAUCUAUUUUCAUUUGUGAUGUGUCAUUGGGAAAAUACCCCUCAGGUCUCUAUCUCCCAGUCAACAAACAUCAUCGAUGGGCCCUUAAUGAUUCCCUAAGCGCCCCCAGAUUUCGGUGCCACAUCCCUGUUCACAAUGUGCUUGGUUUCAUUGUAAACUAUCAACCACGGUUCUUUGAAGGUUUUCAAUGCUGAGUAACCAGAUUGUGUUUUGUGUUAAUGUGUUAUGUAAUACAUUCUAUUUCCAAAACAUGUUUGUGGAGAGGAAGAAGAGAUUGUACAUAGUGCCUAUCUGAUAUUAUAAUUAUAAUGGAUGAGGAAAACUACAGUAUGACUUUUCCCCUUUGGUGUGGGUCAGACAAUCAACCAGCUCACCCAUAAAGAGAUCCUGCUGCUUUUGCUUCAUCCAGAGCAUGAGAAGAGUUGAGAGCAGUGGUAGGACAACUCAUGGUUGCUUCAACAUGACAACACAGCUGCUCACAAUGCCCUCAACAUCUGACAGUUCCUGGCUGAGAAGAACAUCAGCCCUGCUGGACCAACCUCCCUUGUCUGUACUCACCCAACCCGGUGGUUUUUCCUCUUUCCCAAGCUCAAAGAGA